AUGUCAGCUUAUGGGCUCUUCUUACUUGCACUUGUUUCUCCCCCGUUGACAGCUCACAAGGGCGACUUGCCUAUCGGCCUUCCAAACAACUCAAAUUUAUGCUACAUCAACGCCCUACUUCAGGCAAUGUCAUCUAGCCGCAUUCUCGUCAAAUCUCUACGUCACAGCGCGGCCAUUAAACGCGGUCGACUCUUAUGUUCCCUUGUCGUCGUUCUAGAAGGUCUUGGUUGUUCUUUCAAUUAUCUUAAACGCCACAAUCUCAUCGAGGUUAUCCUUACUGCUCACAGAACAUUGAUUGACGAGCUAUCUCUAACUGGAGGGUGGGCUGUUAAUGAUCAGCAAUUUGGUUCUUUAAUGGUAGAAAAGUCCCGACGAGUACACACUAAGAAAAUGUCGUCCAAAGAUAAGGCGGAGUACCGCUGCACCUUGGAGACUAUGUUGAGCGAUGAGUUUUGUGCAGCGGAGCGUCUCUCCGGAAUCCAUUGCCCUCAGUGUCAUAUGGAGGCGCUGCGAAUACCCGAGGCGAUGGUAAACGACCCAUCACCGCCAGUGUCAGACCGCAGCUCCAUUCGUCACUUCGCUGAGAGCCUUUGUCGCAACACUUGCUGUGCACGUCGGUGGAUUGCUCUGCCUCCCGCCGCUACAGCAACAAAGUCACCUCUUGUCAUCUACAUUCAGCGUGCUGUGUGGGUACCACUAAAGCGAAUCGCUCCCAGUGCAGAUGAAUAUGUAACCAGUUUUACCGCUGGAGGCAUGAUGUCUAAAUACACCGAACACGUUACCUUCCCUGCCAACCUUGAUCUCGCACCUUACCUCGCGUCUGGAUGCACAUUCACUGCUCUAGUUCGUCGCCAUAAUGUCAAAUGUAGUGGUGAAGAAAAUAAGAAAAAUAGAUCCCUCCGAUAUGUGUUGCGCUCUGUAAUUGUGCACCAUGGCAACACUCUGUACACGGGUCACUACGUGGCCUACCGGUGCUGGAUCGGUGGCGGUGUUGAAAGUGCCAGUGCGAACGAAUGGAUCCUCGGCUCCGAUAGAUACGUCGAUCGGGUUCCCUUUUCCAGUGUUCAGGAUUGUCAGCCGUUGGAGGGGGACAUUCCUGAUGCAACGCACUCCCUCACAUCCACUGAAUCGAAAAUUGAUGGGGAAGUAAUGAACGAGGGGGAAGAGGAGGACGGAAUUCCAGAAGAGGGAACCAAUCUAGAGGAAGUUGCAUCGCCAGCGCGGAGGAUUCGCGCGCUUAUGGCGAUGGUGUGCGGUGAAGGAGAAAUCGUCUAA